CCUACUGGACUCCAUUAAGUAUUUGUAAGUUUUACGCGAAGAUGGUGAAGACGCGGUACAGAGAUAAAUGCGUUCUAUGUAUUUUACGCAUUUCUUUAGGCUAUAGAUAACUGCUAAAACAAAAGUUUUAAGUGCGUCUGUUACUUUUUUUUGGAGAUACGCGGUCCCAUCUGAUACUUUUAAAGAAUUAGUUUAUCUCGAAAUGGAAUCUUUUCACUGCUGAAGGGGUUUUGAAAUGGGGACAAUUCAUCCACUUGAAGUAGGACUGGAGAAUCAGGUGAAUAUAUCCGCCUUUGCCAACAUAUCAGCACCAACACCAGGACUUUCCGAUGCGCCCCUCUCCUCUUUCGACACAUUAAUCACAUCCAUACUCGGUACAGUUUUGACUGUCAUGUGUUUAAUCGGCGUUAUCGGAAACGUUUACACUCUUGUCAUCAUGAACAUCUCAGUCCGGGUAACGGGAUCGAUGUACGUCUACAUUGUGAACUUGGCACUCGCAGAUCUCCUGUACCUCUCCACCAUACCUUUCGUGGUCUGCACGUAUUUUAUGAAGGACUGGUACUUCGGCAACAUCGGCUGUCGUGUUCUGUUCAGCCUGGAUUUCCUCACCAUGCACGCCAGCAUCUUUAUCCUGACCAUCAUGAGCACGGAGAGAUAUCUGGCUGUGGUGAAACCUCUGGACACUUUCGGUCGCUCCAGGCGCUACAGACGCGCGGUCACCUGUCUGGUGUGGCUCGUGUCUUUCAUAUUGGCUCUGCCGACCAUGAUCAUGAUCGACCUCAAGAGAGACAAGGAUCAUAACGGCGUGGAGAAACGCAUGUGCCACCCGACCUGGCAGAUUACGGCGUACAAGGUGUAUUUGACUGUCCUGUUCAACACCUGCAUUCUGGCACCUGGAUUCAUCAUCGGUUACCUCUAUCUGAAGUUAGCCAAAACCUAUUGGGUAUCUCAAACUUCUGCAUUCUCAUCCACGGAAAUGAAUAAAUGUCCCAAGCAAAAGGUGUUAUAUAUGAUACUUGGCAUAGUUCUUACCUAUUGGGCAUGCUUUUUACCCUUCUGGUUGUGGCAGUUACUCAGUAUUUAUUAUUUUGGGCUUGGUGGGCUGUCCAACAGUACAGUGGUGUAUGUCAACUUUGUUGUGACUUGUUUGGCAUAUAGUAACAGCUGUAUCAAUCCUUUCUUGUACACAUUGUUGACAAGGAAUUAUCAGGAAUAUGUGAAAGACAGGCAGAAGAGCAGCAUGCCAUUUAAGAGAAGAUUCAGGGAGUCAUCUCAAAGGUCAGUGUCAUCUGGGAGUCAACAGUUGACUAAUACUUUGACUAAUACGCAGCAAUUUUGAUUCUUAAAGCAACCUUUGAUAUUUGUACAUGGCAAUCUCCUUUAUUCCAACUGCGUAAUUUAUUAGACAGAUAUGUAAUUAAAAGACCAUAUAUCUAUAUCCUACAUAGUGCUUAACAAUCCAUGCAGGCAUAAUAAUGAAUGGUAAUAUUUUGCACUAUAUGCUGUGUAUGUUGUACAUCCAGUGGUAUGUUCUUUAGAUUUUUUAUUAUUAUGGCUUCGUAUAUUAGUAAAAUGAUGAUGUGGCUUUGGUUCUUGAAAAUUCAAAGGUUUAUGUUCAAAAGGAACAUAAAAUUAUUCAGGGUCAUUUAAAAUCUCUGCUUUUUUGUUAAAUUAAAAUGUGUGUAUUCCAUAUGUAUUAAAGCCUGCAUUAAUGUCUUUUUAUUAUAUUUACAAAUAUGUAACAUUACUCUACUGUAUACAAACACAUUGUGCUGACGUAUAUGUCCAUGCAUAACUUUAUAGCUACUUUCUCAUUUUCUUUUAAAGCAUUGAUACCUUGUUUAUUGGAUUUUGUCAACACACUACUUAUUUUUUGAACAUAUUUAUUUUGUUUUUGAACAUAAAAUAUACAGAACCUUAAUUUACUUUGAUAUUUUAAAUAUUUUUUUUCUUUGUUUUAUUUUUGUUAUCCAUCUCCUUGUUUACAUAUAGGUAAAAAAAUCGGUAACACUUUACAAUAAGAUUUAUUAGUGAACAUUAGUUAAUCAGGGCUCCAGACUGCCCCCAAAUGGUGGCAUUUUGCCCCUAAAAUUUGAGAGUGUGCCACUGAAUUUUACAUCCAGUCGCACAUAUGCAACUAGUAAAUUUGACCUUUUUUCCCAAAAGUGCACAAUAAAAUGUGACACUGAAUUUGAA